AUGCGUCUUACAAAGACCAAGACCAGCUCCACGAAGGCAGUCGGUGGAAUAAAGCGCAUCUGCCAGGAACGCGCACAACCCGAUGUCACUACGCCAAAGGCGAUGAAGGAUCCCAACUGGAGGACUCGCCAAGACACAGCAUCUUCAGCAGACAUUGAAAAUGUGAUGCCCUCUAUGGAUCUGUCCAACCACAAACUCUACACGCAAGCCCCUCAAUUCCAUAGCAACGACACAUUCCAGCACGAUCGAAGCAGCUCCGACUUCUCAAUGCUUGACAGAUACUCUUCUGAGUCAUGGUCAGCUUCGGAAAACUUUGUCAAAAUUCUCAAAAAGAUCGAUUUAAAGCCUGUAGAUGGCCGACAAAUGAGUAUUUUCGAGCUUGACAUUUGCCCCGAGACUCCAACUCCAUCCAUUGCAAGCGAUGACCGACAAUAUGUCAAAGUCUCCCGAAAUCCAUCAAGUCAUCAGCAAAUUUUCAGCUCAGCUACCGAAGUAACUGAUUCUUCACACAAUACUGACAAGAUACAAAUUCCUGACUUAUCUCAGGUUGUAACUCUUGACAGGUUCUGUCGCCAGUCGUCGUCGGCCACCUCAUCUCAUACUCAGCUACACGAAUCGCGUAACAUUUACGACAGAGAUCAAUAUCAAGACAUCUCGUACGAGUCGACUGUUCCCCAUGCUCGCGGUCAAACACCAGCGGAUGUAGCCAUACAGUCUCCUCAAACUGCCAUUCGCAGCAGUCGUGACCAGGCAUUUCAAAGACUGAUCCAACGUCUUAACCGCGAUAACCACCCGCCCUCAGCUCAAGCCUCACGAUCGCCCACCAAAAUGCAGGCCAAAGAUAAGUUACCCGGACUUGAGCCUAAGCAGAAGAUGUUUGUCAAUUUACGAAGACCAAUGGGAGGAGAUGGCCGACGCAACCAGACUAUAUCCGAUUUCAACGUCGACUAUUGGGAUCAUGGCCAGUCAAGUGUUAUCAGUGUAAUGAGCCGUGAAGACUCCGAAAAUACCAUGCAGAGCUCCAGCAAGCAAAAUACGUGGAACCCAAGAGCCAGAGAGUUUCUUUCACUCGGGCAUCAACAAACUCCUCGACGUCCAGUACCCUGGGAUACUGGCGCCGCGGCCUUGCAAGAGAAAGUCUCGCACGCCUUCAACUCAUUGCCGCCACCUACCACUGCAGUAUGGCCACCAAAAGCCGCUGCACCUACUUUCAAUCCUUAUUUGCCGCCCCGAGCUCAAGACAAUAUUCCUAACGGUACCUUUAUCCCACCAGUGCCACCAGCGGCGCCCAUGGGUCCAGCCUACAACAUGGGACCUGGUCCGGAGACUUUUGGCACUUCCCAAUAUCUUCCUGGCAAUCCAGCUCCACAGCCACCAGUAUUUGCUGUUCCACCGUUGCCUGGUAUCCAAGCUCCGAUGACGCCUUGUGGGAACAUUUCCGCUCAUCAAUUCGCCGCACAGCAGCUUGCGGCCCUCCCAUACCUUGCCUCUCUUGCAUCUCUUGGUCCGUAUCCACAGCUCUUGCCCGGUCUAGAGAAGACAACUGUUUCGGCCAAUACCCGCAGGCCGCCAGUUCCAAAGCCUACUUUACCUAAUGCUAGCGCCCAGCUGGCAUAUGAGGAGUGGAUUGAAUGGCGCAAGGCUAAUGAACCAGGAUAUGCCGUUGAAUGCAAGGCACGACAGCAGCGAAGAUCCCAAAGAGUCAAGGGUUUCAAAGAGUGCGGCGGCGAUGCGCCUGCACAGUCCCGCUUGCCACCCGCAAGGGCUAUGGCUGCUGCAUGA